CAAGCAAUUGUCAACUCGACGAACGUCAGUUCAGUAUUGUUUUGGUGUUGGAAAAAUCGAACAUAGAAGUUUACAAAACAGCAUUUUACAAUGCUCAAGUUAUCGCUAAAACGAUUUGCCUCUGUUCUUUUCUUUCAAAUGCUUUUUCUCAUGGUGGAUUUGGGAAUUAACAGUUUUUCGUAUCUCGCCCGUGGUCAUCAUUCGGCAGUGAUUUUCCUGUUCAUUGCCCAGGAUGUCUGCUUAAUGCUCUCGUUCACGGCGUUCGUGUUCAGUCUAUAUUCGACCUACGUCUACCAGGCGGGAAUGGCCAAUCUGCUGUACGAAAAAUUUCGUACCCCACUGCUUAUAAGCAUGAUCUACUUUUUCCUCAGCAUCGCUCUCCACCUGUGGCAGGUAGUUGGACACUCUAGCGAACCGUAUCAAUUCCAAUGGCCAAAGGCACUGACGGCACUGUUCAUCAUACACCGACUGUUUUCGCCCAUCUAUUAUUACCUCUACAAGAAAUCCGCUUUGAAGAUGAGUGAUCCGCGAUUCUACGAAAAUCUGGAUUGGAUUGCUUCGCAGCUAUCGAUUAAAUAAGUUCAUAAUAUGAAUACCAUAAUUUACUCAAACGCACUAAAUGUUCCAUGUGAAAAAAUAAUACUUACACUCUCCAAAGCUAGUCAGAAAGUAUUAACUCGUUAUGUGGCAGUAUAGUUUCAGUACGAAUAAUUUAAACUUAUGAGACUGAGUUUCCGCUAAUAAGUAAGGUCAUAUGCGUUAGCCAAUGACAACCAAACUAACCAAAGCACAAGCACUAAUUCAUGUGCGAAAAAGUAAUCUCAUUCCUUAUUAUGUCCGUUCAACUAAUUGUAAGAAAUAUGGAACUAAAUAAUCGUCGUUUAAGGCAAGCACCGAUCCAACUAUAAAUUGAUAUUGAUAAAGUCAUGCCUCUAGUCACAGUGUUUCGUCUGGCACCAGCACUAGGUAGGUUUAGAUGUAGUGAAAACUCAUAAAUGUCUAAUUUGUUCCACAUAUCAGAAUAAAGAGUUUAAAUUGAAACACAAUGUGUGAUGGACACCUUGAGAAAAUGUGAAAAUCGCGCUUAAUUUCAAACAUAGAAGUCAGUAAACCUCUUACACCACAUAGAUUAUUGCAGAACUCAAUACAGAAGGUUAGUGAAGUAAUGAAAGUAGCUUGGUGAAUAACCUGAUUCGGUUUGUUAGAUAAAACUAACGAAAGCUCCAGUACCAUGCAGACCUUUUUUUAUAUGUUUUUGUAUAAAGGUUUACGGUUCCUUUUUCCAAAUCAUUAAUUAUUGUUG